AUGCCUCUAAACAUUCUCGUCGUUGGGGCCGGAAUAUGUGGCCCAGCUUUUGCAACAUUGCUUCAAAGAGCCAAUCCCAUGAUCAAAAUUACGAUACUUGAACGCUAUGAGUCGCUGAGAACAGCGGGACAGCAGAUUGACCUGAAAACGCAAGCACCUCACAUUUUGAGAAAGAUGGGCUUGAUGGAAGAGAUCCAGUCGCGCUGCGUGAAUGAAACAGGCCUCGAAAUGGUCGACUCGUUGAAUAAUCGUACCGCAUAUUUUCCUGCUGCCUCUGCGGGGGAACGCCGACCUGGACUGACCAGUGAGCAUGAGAUCAUGCGCGGUGAUAUGGUGCAGGUACUGUACGAUGUCAGUGUCAAUCAAGAUGCUUCUCUGAAAGCUCGGCUAGGAAACCAUGGGGGCUUGCAUUACGAGUUUGGCCGAACAAUCACAGCUCUUAACCAGAACUCCGAGGGUGUGAGCGUUACAUUUUCGGAUGGAAAGGAAAGACACUUUGAUCUUGUUGUUGCGGCAGAUGGACAGGCAUCCCGGACUCGAAGACUUGCAUUUGGUAAAGAGAUUAGCGAUGCAUCUUUCAAAUCCCUCAACAUCCAUGGUGCCUACUUCAGCAUCCCACGAAUUGAGGGAGAAGGAAGCCUUGCACAAGGCCAUCUUGCUCCAGGAAAGCGAAUGAUUGUGACUAGGCCUAGUGACCGACCAGUCACCGGAGUUUUGAUGUUCACCAUGAGAAAGUCUGAUCGCUUAAGUGCAUCUUACAACGAGUCUCAAGAGAGUCAAAAAGAAGCCUUUAUUGAGAUAUUCAACGACAGCGAAUGGCAAAAAGACAGAUUCAUUGAAGGACUGAGGUCUUCCAAGGACUUUUACGCAGACGAAAUUGGCCAAAUAAAGAUGAGUCAACUCUCCACCGGGCGAGUUGUACUCCUUGGAGAUGCGGGCUACUGUCCGAGUCCCUUCACUGGACUGGGAACCAAUCUUUGCCUGAUGGGUGCGUAUAUUCUUGCAGGUGAAUUAGCCAGACACGAGAGCGACAUCAAAAUGGCUUUGAAGUCAUACGAAGACAAAAUGCGGCCUACCAUAGAUGAGUGUCAACGGUUCUCUUCCGCUGGUCUUGGGCUUUUCUUUCCCUCUUCAAGAAUUGGGGUGUGGUCUAUGACGAAGCUUGUAUGGGCUGUGUCUAAGGUCAAUGGUAUUUUCCCUCAAUUCUCAAAAUUGGAUACUCAAGAGGAAAAAGUUCCUGAUUAUCCCGAAUUGAACCUUGAAGGUUAA